AUGCAGCUGCUGUGCAAUUUUGCGGAGUCGUCGAAGAUCGUGAUGCAAGGAGUUCUGCUUUCUGGCGCGGUGCGGCUGGACCCCAUGUCCUUCGUGGCCGUGGUGUCGCCGCUUUGUGGCGCCUUCGUAGGAGGCCUCAUCUUGCUCCAGCCGCAAGUUGCCGGUUUCGCCUUAGUCGCGCUGCCGACUGCCGAGACCCUUCGCCGCUGCAGCGCGCUUCUGGCAGGCAACGUUCUCUGUGCCUUCUUCCUGAACUUGGUCAUCGCCAACUACCUGAAGAACGGUUCUCCUGUCGCCUUCAUCUUGACGAACCUUGUGAAGGAUGCGCUGAUCGUGGUUGCCAGCAGCCUCGCCUUCGGCGACGACGUCAGCCUCCUGCAGUCCUGUGCUUUCUCCGUGCAACUGAGCUUCAUCGCGUUGUGGUCGAUGAUGAAGGCGAACCCAACGGCCUUCGACAAGCAUGGCCUUUGCGGUGGCGUCAUGUGCGUCAUCGACGGCUCAGCCCCGCCUCACACCGCCUAA